GGUUUUAUGCUGGCAACAUUAAUUGCUGAAGUUGCAUUGAUUGGGAUAUGAUGUGAUGUUUUAUUAUUUUAUUCUACUGUUUUAAAUGGAAAAUUCUCGACAUCAGUGGUUCUAGAAACAAAUGUGUUAAGUUCAGUAUCAUCAACUGUGUAAAAACUUAGGAGUGGUUUACAAAAAUACCUUGAACUUUCAUAGACAGUGGCUUUUCUCACAACCCAAAACUAAGCGUGUGUCGUGUAGCUGUUUGGUAGUAUAAAUAAAUUUGAUAUGUGCAUAGAGUGAUUUGACUAUAAGAUGGCUAGUCCGUCACCUCAAAGUAGUCCAAUGCCUCCGCCGCAAGCGCCGAGCCCAAUGGGGCCACCGACGCAGAGUCCGGCACCGCCACAGUCGCCGCACAGUCCGUAUAACCAGCAACAUGUCAACGGGCCGCCGCCGUCGCAUCCUUCUGGUGCCGGCCAGCCUCCGAUGCCUAAUCAUAUGUCGCCGUCGGGGCCAGCACACCCUAUCUCGUCGAACUCCAACGGCCCCCCGGGAGUACCCCAACAACAUCCUGGCAUGCCGCCAACUGGACAUCAAAUGCCUCCUCAUAUGGUAGGCCCGCAUAUGCCAGGACCUCCGGGACAUCCGAUAGGACCUGGAGGUGCUCACCCUCCUGGACCCAAUGGUCAUCCUGGUGCACCACAACAUCCUAACAUGCCCGGGCAAGGUCCACCCCAUGGAUACAUGCAGCAUCAAAUUGGACAUAUGCCACCCGGACAGUCGCCUAUGCCUAUGGGUGGGGGGCCACCGCCGGGCAACGGGCCGCAGGGUCCCCCUGGGGCGGCCGGAGUGCCGCUGCCGCUAUCCGGGCCGCCGCCGCACGGCGUUCACCCGCAGGGCAUGCCGCCCGCCGCGCCCGGCCACAUGCCGCCGCACCACGCCAUGAUGCCCGGCCAGGGCCCACCGCCGCACGCAGCCUCGCCCGGCUAUGGCGCCGCGGCGGGAGCCUCUCCGUCCGGUGCCCCGCCCAAUGCGCCGCCCCCGGGUGCCGCGCCACCGCACCCGCCGGCCGCUCAGACGCCGCCGCACGGCCAGCCGCCACCGGCCACGUCCUCAGCUAACGGUGCUCCACCAGCCUCGUCUCCCAUGCAAGGCUCGCUGCCGGCACCCGGCCCCGACAAUUUGCACGCUAUUCAACGGACGAUUGACUCUAUGGAAGAGAAAGGGCUUCAAGAGGAUCCCAGAUUCUCGCAGUUGCUAGCAUUACGAGCACGAUCCAAUCCGCAAGACCCUGGCAAGGGACUGUUUAGCAACAACCAGCUCUGUCAACUCAAAGCGCAGAUCACGGCGUAUCGGAGCCUCGCUCGCAACCAGCCACUGUCGCAGCCGAUUGCCAUGAUGGCAUCGGGCAAGCGGACGGGCGAGGCGCCGCCCGAGUGCCCCACGCCGCCGGCGGCGCCGCCCUACGGCGAGCAGCAGGGCGGCGCGGCGGGCGGGCUGGGCGCCACGGGCGGCAAGGCGGGCGCGGGCGGCGCGGCGGGGGACGCGCCCCGCGGGGGAGGGGGCGCCCCGCCCACACCGCUGCCCAUGACCGGACAGAUGGCUCCGCCUACUCAGCUGACUCCACCUUUAGUCAAUCCGCCCAUCAGUGGCGGGGCACCGAUACGAGGGCCCGCGCCGAUGCGGCCACAAGCUCCGGGAACACAGCCGCAGCAUCAGCCUGGAGGGCCAAUCCCAGGAGCGAAACAGAAUCGCAUCACCAGCAUGCCCAAACCUGUGGGCAUUGAUCCUCUACAGAUCUUAAAUGAAAGAGAAAAUCGUAUCGCAGCUCGCAUCGCCCACCGUAUCGAGAUGCUGUCCAACCUGCCGGCGAAUAUUCCCGACGAUCUCCGCUUACAAGCACAGAUCGAGCUCAGAGCGCUACGAGUGCUCAACUUUCAGAAACAAUUACGUUCUGAGAUUCUCGGCCAAGUCCGUCGCGACACUACACUGGAGACGGCGGUGAACAUCAAGGCGUACAAGCGCACGAAGCGUCAGGGCCUGCGCGAAGCACGUGCUACAGAGAAACUAGAGAAGCAACAGAAACUCGAGGCCGAGAGGAAACGCCGACAGAAACACCAGGAGUUCUUGCAGACUGUGCUGCAACAUGCUAAGGACUUCAAAGAGUACCACCGCAAUAAUAUCGCGAAGCUGUCUCGCAUGAACAAGGCUAUUAUGAACCAUCACGCUAACGCCGAACGCGAGCAGAAGAAGGAACAAGAACGUAUCGAGAAGGAGCGUAUGAGACGUUUGAUGGCGGAAGACGAAGAGGGUUACCGUAAGCUCAUUGAUCAGAAGAAAGACAAGCGUCUGGCGUUCCUGCUCUCCCAAACCGACGAGUACAUCGCCAGUCUCACGGAGAUGGUGAAGCAGCACAAGCAGGAACAACGCAAGAAACAACAGGAGGAGGAGCGCAGGAAAAGGUUAAUUGAAAUGCAGAAAUCGCGUAAGAAGAAGCUUCUGGAAGGUGGCGAGAUCGACGCAAUGGAUGACAGCUCCCAAACGUCAGACUCGCGAGUUAACGUCAUGGAUCCCAAGACAGGCGAGAUACUGAAAGGAGAGGAGGCGCCACUGUUAUCGCAGCUGAAGGACUGGAUGGAAACUCAUCCCGGUUGGGAAGUUCUGUCUGAUUCCGAAGACUCUGGCGAUGACAGCCAAGAUGAUGAUGAACGGAAGAAAGGUCACAGGGAUGAGAGGAGUGAUAAGGAGAAAACUGACGAAGAGAAGGCCCGGGAGAUGAUCAAGAAGGCCAAGGUUGAGGAUGAUGAGUACAAGACAGAAGAACAGACAUAUUACAGUAUCGCUCACACAGUCCACGAAUCUGUUACUGAGCAAGCCAAUAUUCUUGUCAAUGGAAAACUGAAAGAAUAUCAAAUCAAGGGUCUGGAAUGGCUGGUAUCCUUGUUCAACAACAAUUUGAAUGGCAUUCUAGCCGAUGAGAUGGGUCUCGGUAAGACCAUUCAGACGAUUGCGCUGGUCACCUAUCUGAUGGAGAAGAAGAAGGUCAAUGGGCCAUUCCUCAUUAUUGUGCCGCUCAGUACCCUCUCGAACUGGGUGCUGGAGUUCGAGAAGUGGGCGCCGACAGUGUCGGUGGUGUCGUACAAGGGCUCCCCGCAGUCGCGCCGCCUCGUGCAGGCGCAGAUGCGAUCCACCAAGUUCAACGUGCUGCUUACUACCUAUGAAUAUGUUAUUAAAGACAAGGCUGUGCUGGCUAAGGUACAAUGGAAAUACAUGAUAAUUGACGAAGGUCAUCGUAUGAAGAACCACCAUUGCAAGCUAACACAAGUGCUGAACACACACUACAUCGCGCCGCAUCGCCUGCUUCUAACGGGCACCCCGCUUCAGAACAAACUGCCGGAGCUCUGGGCAUUGCUCAACUUCCUGCUGCCUUCCAUAUUCAAAAGCUGUUCCACAUUCGAACAGUGGUUCAACGCGCCCUUCGCUACCACUGGUGAAAAGGUGGAACUAAACGAGGAAGAAACCAUCCUUAUCAUUCGUCGUCUGCACAAAGUGCUGCGUCCGUUCUUGUUGCGUAGGCUGAAGAAGGAGGUGGAGAGCCAACUGCCGGAUAAAGUGGAGUACAUCAUCAAGUGCGAUAUGAGUGGAUUACAGCGAGUGUUGUACAAACACAUGCAGUCUAAAGGAGUCCUGCUAACCGACGGAUCAGAGAAAGGCAACAAAGGCAAGGGCGGUGCCAAAGCCCUGAUGAACACGAUCGUACAGCUGCGCAAACUGUGCAACCAUCCCUUCAUGUUCCAACAUAUUGAGGAGAAGUUCUGCGAUCAUAUUGGCACCGGUGGCGGAGUUGUUUCUGGUCCCGACCUAUACCGAGUGUCGGGUAAGUUCGAGCUUCUGGACCGUAUCCUGCCGAAGCUCAAACAAACAGGACACAGAGUCCUAGUGUUCUGUCAGAUGACGCAGUGCAUGACUAUCAUUGAAGACUAUCUUUCUUGGAGAGCCUUCCAAUAUUUGAGAUUGGACGGUAUGACAAAAGCGGAGGACCGUGGUGAGUUGCUGAAGAAGUUCAACGACGUGGGCUCUGAUUACUUCAUCUUCUUGCUGUCCACGCGUGCUGGAGGUCUGGGGCUUAACUUGCAGAGUGCUGAUACCGUCAUCAUAUUCGAUUCCGAUUGGAAUCCUCAUCAGGAUCUGCAAGCGCAAGAUCGUGCGCAUCGUAUCGGACAACGUAACGAGGUGCGAGUGCUCCGACUCAUGACCGUCAACUCCGUGGAAGAGAGAAUUCUUGCUGCAGCUAGGUAUAAACUGAACAUGGACGAGAAAGUCAUUCAAGCUGGUAUGUUCGAUCAGAAGUCGACAGGAUCUGAGCGUCAACAGUUCCUACAGAGUAUUCUGCAUCAAGAUGGAGAUGAUGAAGAGGAAGAAAACGAGCUGCCAGAUGAUGAUCUUAUAAACGAAAUGAUAGCCCGUUCAGAGGAAGAGCUGGAGAUAUUCAAACAGAUCGACAUCGAGCGCAAGAAGACUGAGACGCAGUCGCGACUUAUUGACGAGUCGGAACUGCCCGACUGGCUCGUCAAACAUGAGGACGAGGUCGUUUGUAAUAAGGGUCAAGGCUGGAACUACCUAGACGAGGACGAGACCCUCGGGCGCGGGUCGCGACAACGUAAAGAGGUUGACUAUACUGACUCGCUGACGGAGAAGGAGUGGCUCAAGGCCAUAGACGACGAAUUUGAGGAAGAGGAGGAAGAAGAUGACGAUGAUGAAGUCUUGGAUAAGAAACGCAAGAAGGGACGUAAGCGACGUCGCCAAGAAGAAUCGGAUGAAGAAGAAGUGCCCAGUUCUUCCAAAAAGAAGAGCAAAACGGAAAUCAACCAACUGAAAAAGCGAUUGAAGAGUAUUAUGAAGAAAGUUAUCGAUUAUGCUGAUGAGGCUGGCCGUGUACUAUCUGAGCCGUUUAUGAAAUUACCUUCACGACGCGAGUUGCCAGACUACUAUGACGUCAUCAAGAAACCACUCGAUAUUAAGAAAAUUAUGAACAGAAUUGAAGAUGGCAAGUAUAACGACAUAUCGGAUCUUGAGCGUGAUUUCUUCACGCUAUGUGCCAACGCUCAGACGUACAAUGAAGAGCAGUCGCUCAUAUACGAGGACUCAGUGCGUCUGCGCAACGUGUUCAUUGAAGUACGCCGCCGGUACGAGAGCGGACAGAACUCUGAUGACUCCGAUGAUAAUGAUAAAGAUGACGAUGAUUCGGACGGUGAAUCCAACCGCUCCGUUAAAAUGAAGAUCAAGUUGAAGAAUAAGAGUAAGAGCACGCCGUCCAGGAAGCGGAAACAGCGCAAAUACAUCUCAGAUGACGAAGACUACGAGGAGGAUUAAACUCAGCCCAAUACUUAGGAAUACUUUACCAAUCAUGUUACUAAUAAUAAUCUCAUUUUAAAUCUUACAUUGAUGACAUUUUUCACUAAGGUCUGCUUGAAUUACUGUUCACUUACUUGACAUAUUUUAGACCAUCUUAUUUUAAUUGCGACAAAAUACGUUAUUAACAUUUGUAACUUUCGUCUUUUAUCUAUUGCUUAUUCCGUUACAUACAACUAAGGAAAUUAGCAAUGUAAUUCAUCGUAUUUAGUGGGCAGUGGUGCAAGCAGGCCUAAAAUAAUAAUGAAUUUGAUAUCUUAUAUUUGAAUUCUAUAAUAAUAUUUUAGUAAGAAACCAUUUGAGUAUUUUUGCACUUUAUUGUUUCAGCUUUGUAAUUUCAGCAAAGUUUUUAAUAUUCUUUUAGGUAAAGAAGGGAAUUAGGAUAAGUAUUCCAAGUAUGUACUGCAUUCAUAGUAACUUCUUACUAGUAAUUAAGUAUAAGCAUAAAAUACUCUAGUUAAGAAUUUAAAAUUAUAAAAUAUUCAAUUCAAAGCAAACCCAGGAUAUAUUACACCCUUUUUAUGCAUAGCAUCUACUUAGCUAUCUGGCAUUAAGAGUAGAGACAAACUUGCCUAAAUUCCUGGUUGCACCACUUUUUUAAUUUUAUGGCAAUGAACAUUAAAUAUUUCUAUUAAAUAUAAUUUUACUUAAAGUAAGAUCUAAAUUAUUUGAUAUUUGACUCUCCAUAACAUAACAAUAUUUUUACUCCAGGACAUCAAAACAGUGUUCUUUGGAAGUUAGAUAAGUAGGGUUAGUAUAGUAGGAUUUUAUGUGCUUUGGCAUCAAUUAAUAAAUUUCUAUGUUUAAA